UCAUGGCCAAAGAACCAGUGGAAGCUGCAGGCAUCAGUGACGAUGAUGGUGAUAACCAGGAGGAGGAGGAGGCUGAGGUGGAGUUUGUGCCUAUCUGUGAGAUCCUGGACACAGGACCUGAGGCAGAGGAAGAAGCUGCAGACUCAGGAGAGGAUUUUGUUUUACCAUCACACCAGAGAUGUGCUAGCCACACCCUCAACCUUGUGGCAACACAAGACAUAGAGGCCAUGCUUUCUGACUCCUCCAAAAGUAGUCUUCUUGGUCCUUUCAAGAAACAGUUUCGUUCCUUGAUGGGAAAGUGCAGCAAGUUGUGGUCCAAGCAGAACCAGUCAGCACAGAUUGCUGAGUAUAUCCAUGCGCAAUGUGGUGUGUAUCUGAAGGUACCGAAUAAGACCAGGUGGAAUCCCACCUUUGAUGCGUUGAAGCAACUACAUGAGCUCCUGUCAACUGUGCCACUAAAAAUGCAUGCCAUAAUGGACCGCUGCUCCUUGUCCAGGAUCACAGCUGCUGAGAUUGAAGUGGUACAGGAAUACACAGAGAUUAUGGAGCCACUAGCCCAGUCCCUAGAUAUCCUGCAACGGGAGAACGGCAUGUUCAUGGGGUAUUUGCUACCAACGCUCUGUAAUCUGGACCGCAAGUCAGAAGGACUGGAAAACAAACCUGAGAGGUACACAUACUGUUUUCAGCUGCUGAGAGGUGUGCGCGAAGCCCUAAGAAAGCGGUUUGCAGCUAUCUGGGAGGACAAGAGGCUUCUUCUGGCAGCCUGCCUACACCCUCGCUUCAAACUCGAUUGGCUGGAAUCGUGUCAGGCAGCCACCCAUACCAACAAAUACACAAUGGAAGCCUUGUUGAAAGCUGAAAUAAAGAUGGGUGUACUUAAUGAGGACAGUGAUCAGUCUUCAGAUAAAGACCAGGAAGGAGAUGACUUAGAAGAUGACUUCUUUAACUUUCUGCCCCAGGGCAAGAAGUCAGCAGUGGACACUGCUGAGGAGGAACUGGUGAGGUACCUGAGGUCUCCCAGCAGGGAAGUGUCAUCACUCCAUGGCUUUCCACGUGUGCUGCGGUGUUUUUUGCAGCACAACACAGGCAUGCCUUCAGGCGCCGCAGUAGAACGCCUGUUCGGUACUGGUGGCAAUGUAAUGACUGUAAAAAGACAUUCCUUGUCUGACAUGCUCUUUGAGCAUCUUGUUCUUUUGAGACAUAACAGAAACAUAUUAUAA